ACAAAGCUCGCGUGUCGCGUGGUGGAUCGGCUGUUGCUCGGGCGCGCUCUCGCGGCGGCCGUUGGAAGACCGUUGGGUGCCGGGGUCGCCGCCGCCUCUCCAGCCCCCUGUGCUGUGCGGGGGUCCGGUCGCUUCUGUGACUUCUCCCGGGGGCUCCUCGCCCAGGUACCAGCUACUGACAAUGUCAGGGAAAGGCCAGGACUCGCAUAUUACAGAGGUGAAACCGUUGGUGGACCGAGAAGAGGCUAUCACACAACUCCUGCCUGACAUUGAUGUUCAGGAACAAGAUGUUGAGACGAUACAUGGGUCUGUCCAUGUCACCAUGUGUGGAACUCCUCGGUCAAAUAGGCCUGCCAUCCUAACAUACCAUGAUAUCGGAUUGAAUCAUAAAACUUGCUUCAACCCCCUCUUCAAUUUUGAAGACAUGCAAGAAAUCACACAGCAUUUUGCAGUCUGCCACGUGGAUGCCCCUGGGCAGCAAGAUGGAGCAGCCCCUUUUCCAGCAGGAUACAUGUACCCAUCCAUGGAUCAACUGGCUGAAAUGCUUCCUGGAAUUCUUAAACAGUUUGGGUUGAAAAGUGUGAUUGGAAUGGGAACAGGUGCUGGGGCCUACAUCUUAACCAGAUUUGCUCUUAACUAUCCUGAUAUGGUGGAAGGACUUGUCCUUAUCAAUGUGAACCCAUGUGCCGAGGGAUGGAUGGACUGGGCAGCAACCAAGAUCUCUGGAUGGGCUCAUGCCUUACCAGAUAUGGUCAUCUCACACCUUUUUAGCAAGGAAGAAAUUCACAACAACCAUGAUUUGAUCCAUACUUACCGCCAGCACAUCAUCCAUGAUAUGAAUCAAAACAAUCUGCAUCUCUUUGUCAACUCCUACAACAGCCGGAGAGAUCUUGACAUUGAGCGUCCUAUGCCUGGAACAGCUUCUGUUACUCUACAAUGCCCUUCACUGCUGGUGGUCGGAGACAGCUCUCCUGCAGUCGAUGCUGUGGUGGAUUGCAAUGCUAAACUCGACCCUACAAAGACAACACUUCUAAAGAUGGCUGACUGUGGUGGUCUUCCUCAGGUGUCUCAGCCCGCAAAGCUUGCUGAAGCUUUCAAGUAUUUUAUCCAGGGAAUGGGAUACAUGCCUUCUGCGAGCAUGACCAGACUCAUGAGAUCCCGCACGGCAUCUGGUUCCAGCGUCGCAUCCCUUGAAGGCGGCAGGAGCAGGUCCCACACUGGCGAGGGGGCCAGGAGUCGGUCCCACACUGGCGAGGGGGCCAGGAGUCGGUCCCACACUGGUGACGGUGCCCGGAAUCGUGCUCACACAGACACCCGCAUUGAGCUCACUCCCAACUCUGCAAACAACACCGAGCAGCCAAGCCCCAAGUCGAUGGAGGUUUCCUGUUAGAUGAAAGGGGCUUGACCUGCAGCCAACCACUGUGUAUCAUUAUAUUUAACCUAAAGUGUGUUUUGCAGCACACGGCUCUGCCCCCUACCCAGAGCUGAGCAAGGACCAAUAAAGCAGUCAUCUCAGUUGCUCUGUUCCCCUAACAGAUGUUGCUGCUAUUCUUUUCUCCAGCUAAUUUUAGAUUGCUUUAAGGUAUGUCCAGUGGUAAAACUAACAGCAUUUGUAAGCACCAAGCCCGAAAUCUAAAUGGCCUCGAGCCUUGCUUGGAAAUAAGUCUUUGAGGCAGAUAGUCUACCUUCUGCUCCUAUCUGACACUUUAAAAAAAUGAAAGAACGAGCUUCCCCACUCUGACGUUAAGGGAUUGCAGUGGGGAAAUCCACGCAAGGUGGCAGGCUUUUUUAAAAUUAUUUUUUCAAAAGCGGCAGUUCCCGAUUGAAGCUGGAGUGACUCAAACCUGUAUAUAUGUAUGUAUCUGACCUUGUGAAUACUGCUCAAGGCCUAUUUUCCUAUGUGAAUACUCCACUAAGACAGGAAACUUGGUGCAGCCUUCAGGCAAAUAAAGCAUAAGUCUUUUUUUUUUUUUUUCCCAUGCCACCUAACACUUGGUGGCAGCUAUUCCUCUUCCGGAAUGUAAAUUGCUUAACUAAGUAAGGGUGAGGUGCAAAAGCAUGCAUGCAUUCAGCCUUUGCUUUUGCUCCUCAAAGGAUAACUGGAGAUGGCAAAGUUGGUUGGUCCUAGUUGUACAAAGGGUAAUUUUGCAUGGCAGUUGGGCUCCCCAGGCCUUCCCUGCUGGUGAGUUUGCUUCCUGUCUGCUUACUCGAGGCUUUGGGGCAGUCAUAAAAGCUACUGGGUUCUCCAGUCAGAUCCAUCAGGAAAUUGCUUUAGAAGAGGAACACUUGACUAAUGGCAGUAAGGUAGCCUAUAGAGUCAGCUGCCCAUGUUCCUCAGGCCCUAGAAAUUGAGGAUUGGGAUUGAUGCUGGACAAUGUCCGCGAAGUUUAUAAGACAGAGAUGCAACAGUGUCUUGGAGAUUUAUUUUGAUGAGUGUAAAUGUAGAGAGAUGAAUUGAUUUUGCAACUCAAAAGCUAUUCACUUGAUGUCUGCAGGGCUAUAUUCUGGGAAGCUACAGGCAACCCAAUGGAUUCCCAGCAUAGAUGGGAAUUUUAGAUUUUACCGAUUUGUCUUUCCACUGGCUUUCUAUCUAUUUGCUACAUCCUUCUUAAUAUAGCUAAUGAAUUUUGGAUAUCAAGCAUUUAAAGAAUCAAGCAUCUCUACACCUGAGUAAAUCAGGUAUUUUGAAAGAACCAAUUUCUAGUGUAGGUUAAUGACCUAUUUCAAGAGGACAGCUUCAGGGUUUCCAGUGUGAUGUGUAAGGAAGAGCAGCAGACUGUAACUGAGAGGCUAUACCUGUCUACUUGGAGAAAGUUUAUUAAUGAAUUAUUUGUAUUUAUUUCAAAAAGAAAAUAAAUUUGUAACUUUGCA